GAUGUCGAAUCGCAACAAGAAAUUGAAAUAUUGUCGUCCCGACUGGUAUGGAGAAUACUGUAAUUCUGACUGGAAUCCAAAUGUAUGGAAUGCAAAGGUCACAAUUCGUCAAGAAUUAAGUAUCAAUAACCCUAUUGCUCAUUCACCUUGUAAUUUACCCACAUUAUACCUCAAAUUUCACUUUGAUACAUUGUUUACUGGACAACAAGAGCGAGUUCAGAGCAGAUCACUCAAUAUCAAACUUUUCCAUUCAGCUACAUACAUGUCACGCGAAAAGUUCUACCGUGUCAUAGAAGAUAAUAUCUACGAAAAAUGGGGUGAAAUGUUUGAUAAGAACGAUCGUCAAGAUUUCAUUGAUAAUAUAUUUGAAGAAAUCCAUGAAAUUAUUGGGGAUAAGUUUAACAAGGGUCGCCAACGCUUGGUUGUGAGUAUUCGUACGAAUUUAUUCGUGUCAGACAUAAUGAAGUUGGUAUGGAAGAUGAAGACUGAUGAAAAUCUCAUGAAUGAUGAUUGUAUUAUUUGUUUCCAAGAGUUUGAAAAGGGGAGGGUGAGGGAGGUGUUGUGUAUGCCGUGCUCACAUGUGUUUCAUGCAGAUUGCAUUGCAACGUGGUUACAGAACGGGCAUUAUUGUCCUGUUUGUCGUUAUGAUUUUAGAGAAUGA